GCCACUGACUUCACACACUGCUUCUUCCUCUCAGAAACGAUGGCGGUUACUCUCUCCGCUGCAACUCUCUUCCCCAAUAGACUCGGAGUUCACAGGACCUCCACCAAUCAGACUUCGACGCGUGUAAUCCCCAGCCCAUCUCCGAACGCAAACGUCAGCUUCUGCAGCAGUAGAGUCGAUUUCUCACGAAGGCGAAGCGACGUCGUAGCGUUCUCUGCGGUGUCGGGCUCACCAGGAAUUGAGUCUUCUUCGAAUGCUGGAGAUACAGCAAGUUUGUUGGACUCAGUGAAGGUGUUUGAUCUGAACGGAAAUGGGAUUCCGAUUUCCGAUUUGUGGAAAGAUAGGACAGCUGUUAUUGCAUUUGCGCGCCAUUUCGGAUGUGUCUUUUGCCGCAAACGGGCUGACUAUCUUGCCUCAAAGAAGGAUAUAAUGGAUGAAUCUGGUGUGGCUCUUGUUUUGAUUGGACCCGGUAGUAUCGAUCAGGCAAAAUCGUUCUCUGAGAAAACCAAAUUCAAAGGAGAAGUUUAUGCAGAUCCCAGUCACUCGUCGUAUGAAGCAUUAAGAUUUGUUUCUGGUGUCACAACCACAUUCACUCCCAAAGCAGGUCUCAAGAUAAUACAGUUGUACAUGGAGGGUUAUCGACAAGACUGGAAGCUUUCCUUUGAACAGGACACCGUGAGCAGAGGCGGCUGGCAGCAAGGUGGAAUUAUAGUUGCAGGUCCUGGUAAAAGUAACAUAUUGUACAUUCACAAGGAUAAAGAAGCCGGGGAUGAUCCAGAUAUCAAAGAUAUUCUGAAAGCAUGUUGUGGGGUGUAAGUUCUGUGUAGUCCGACCUUUGCCAAUUCCCUAUAAUACGACACUCUGGGGGUGUAAGUUCUGGGUUUUUAGUUGUAUCUAGUUAGGUAUAUACUUCAAUUUGUAGGCUGUAAGCUCUGUGUAGUCUGGCCUUUGCUGCCCUUUUAAUUACCUAGAGAAGCUAGGAAUAUCUCAUUAUACGGAUCUAAUCCAAUUUGAGACGUGGUACACGUUUCAGUGACAUUGUAAUAAACAGAUAUGCGAAUAUACGCCUCUUAUCUCAA